UUCUAUACUAAACCAGUGAAGAAAUAUGGGUAAUGACGGUGGAAGUAUCCCCACCCGCCGCGAGCUCGUCCGCGAAGCCGCGCGCGCCCCCAGCACAGCUCAAGUCAAAGAAGCCCAGCGCGAACUCCAAGAACACUACUGGACGACAUGUCCUCUGUCCCACAAGCCGUUAAUGCGUCCGAUAGUGGCCGACUGCGUCGGGAACAUGUAUAACAAAGACGCUAUUCUCAAAUUCCUCCUUCCUGGCGAAGAGAUCGAAGGAAUCAGUUCCAAGGCCGAUUGCGAAGAGAUCCUCGGCGGACGGGUGAAGGGCCUCCGGGACGUAGUCGAGCUGAAAUUCGAGAUCGACACCGAACAAAACCAACACCCCUCGACUAAGCUCGACAAGCAAGAGGGUUGGAUUUGCCCAGUCACUGCUAAGCAGCUCGGGCCAAAUGUCAAGGCCGUCUAUCUUGUGCCCUGCGGUCAUGUGUUCUCUGAGGAGGCUGUACGCCAGCUGAAGGGGGAUAAGUGUCUGCAGUGCAAUGAAUCGUACACGGAGGAGAAUGUCAUUCCUAUUUUACCAACGAAAAGUGAGGAGAAGCAGCAGCUUGUGGCGAGGGCGCAGAAAUUGGCCGAACAGGGGUUGACGCAUUCGCUGAAGAAGGCGCCUGGGUCGAAGAAGCGUAAGAAGCAGGCUAAUGGGGAUUCUGCUGAAACGGAGGGUGCGAGUCGCAGCAAUACAUCUACUCCUAAGCCUCGUGCGUCGGAUGGCAUUAAACAUGCGGCGACGGCGAUGCUGACUGCCCGGGUCCUGGAGGAGGAGAAUGAAAAGAAGAAGCGGCGGAAGAUGAUGGGUCUGAAUGAUAAUCUGAAUAGUCUCUUUACGAAGGACUCCAAAGACGGCAAAAUGAAGAACACCGAUUUUAUGACCAGGGGCUUUACUCUUCCUGCAGGCUCUAGGAAGUGA